CACCAGUCACAGUGUAAUACAAAGAAAGUCAUUUGAAAUAUUCUAGGUUAAAUCUACUUUAUAGUAGAUUUAUAUAAUUAACUUGUUUUUAUUCAAGCAAUAUGGAUUUAUCAAAGCUUUCAAAUGAAAGGAAAUUAUAUCUUUGUCGAUGGUAUUUUCGUGCAGGAUUUGCCCUACUUCCAUUUCUUUGGGCUGUUAAUGCAAUUUGGUUUAUACGAGAGGCGUUCAUUGUACCAGCUUAUGAGGAACAAAAGUACAUUAAAAGAUAUGUCAUAUUUUCCGGCAUUGGAGCAAUUUUAUGGACGAUUGCCCUUGUUGCAUGGAUCGUAACAUUCCAAACACAAAGAGCUGCAUGGGGAGAAUUUGCAGAUCAUAUUAGUUAUAUUAUUCCUGUUGGUAUUCCUUGAUUAUUUUCAUAUUUUAUUAUUAUAUUUAUUUGAUACAAAAAUUCCUACCUAUAUGCUAAUAUAUAAAAUACACAUUUUUACUUUAAAGAGAGGAAUUAACUACUUAUUCAUAAGACACAAUUAUUGUAAAAAUAUAUCAUUUAUUUAA